UAAGGACAAGGAUUACGUUAUAUUUUAAUAUAAAGGAGAGGAAGAUUUCACUAAACCUAGUUGAACCAGGACCUGGAGGUGUAUUUUCAAUGGUUUUAAAGACGACGGAGAUUACUAUAUCAAUGUAGACUAGAAGGUAAUGACACAUUGAAACUCAUAUGAUGCACAUCAAGACAUACCUGGAGAGAAACUCCUUUCUGCAUCAAAAAUGGCGGACCAAUCUUCAGCAGCAAACGAACACAAAAUCGACAUUGAAUAUUUUGAACGACCUGAUGUCAAGGGUUUCGAUGAAAUAUUCAGUAAGUACAAAUCUUCAACUUUAAUAAGCAACCAACAAGCAGAAUGGCCCAAGAUACCAAAGGUUUCAAAGAUGCUGCGUAAUCUUGACAAAAAUAAUGAUUGCUUUGAUCCUCAUGUGGUUUCCAUCGGUCCUUAUCACCAUGGGAAACCUCACCUCCAAGAAGUUGAGAACCUCAAGACUGAAAUGGCAUUGCGAUAUUGUCGCCGUUUUCCAGGACCUGGGGUUUCUGAUUUAUACAAGAGAGGUUUUGAUUUAUACGAGAGAGUCAAAGAUGUGGCCAGUGAAGCAAGGGGAUUCUAUGAUAAGGAAAGAUUGAAUAAUAUCGAUGAUGAGGCAUUCACAAAAAUGAUGUUUCUUGAUGGUUGCUUCAUUCUGGAGUUCAUGAUCAUGUGCUUGCCGAUGGGAGAAGAGGAGUAUCAUACUAACAUGACAGCCAAUGUCAAGCGAGACUUGUUCUUGUUAGAGAACCAACUCCCUUACAUUGUCCUCAAAGAGUUAAUGAAGGGCAAAGACGAUGAAAAAGACUGGAAGAAGAGGAUUGAAAAGUUCAUCACUCUCUGUCGAAGACUUCCAGUCAAACCAUGGCAGUUCAUUAAUGCUAUUGAGUUUGCCCACGGGUUAUCGCCAAAAGAUAACUCUCCUCUUCAUCUUCUCGAGGUGAUGAGGACAGGAUUUGUGGUACAAAAACCUACUGUCCACGGCCGAAAAGCUCAAAAAUUAGAGACCAAUGGUUUGAGAGGCAGGCCUGAUGUCUGGUUCUCUCGUUAUCCAGCCAGGGUGCUCAAGUAUAUGGGAAUCCCGUUCGGCCCCAACAAAACAGCCUUUGAUUGGUAUUCUUAUCAUCCAGCCAGGGUGCUCAAGUCUAUGGGAAUCCGGUUCAGACCCAACAAAACAGGUAGUUUUAGUGAUAUCAAGUUUGAAUCCUGUCUGCUUGUCAGGGGAGUGCUCACACUUCCUCCAAUACGCAUAGAUGGCACCACCAAAUCCCUGCUGCUCAACUUGUUGGCUUUGGAAUCGAGCCAUACAAACUUGGCGGACAUGCGGGGUGUCGUCACCUCUUAUAUGUGUUUCAUGGACUCACUCAUUGACAAUGCUGAUGAUGUGAUGAUCCUCAGGUCCCAGAACAUCAUCGUCAAUUGCUUGGGAACCGACCAAGAUGUUGCAGAUCUCUUCAACAACAUAGCAAGCAAUUUGGUCCCAAAUCCCCGUAUUUAUGAUGUGGCUAAGCAUGGAAUUCAAAAGCAUUGCGAGAGCAAGUUCAAGAAAUGGAUGGCGGAAUUUCACCGCAUCCAUUUCAGAAACCCUUGGACCCUUUUUGCAUUAUUUGGUUCCCUUUUACUUGCCACGCUUACCGUCACUCAGACUUAUCUUGCAGCAAUGCAGCUCGAACAAUGAAUAAUUAAUAUGUACGUAUAUGGAUUUUGGAUUUGGCUUCUCCACUUUGUCUAAUUAUUAUUCUUGAGUUUAUGAUGUUGUUUAAUGCAUAUUGUAUCAAAUAAAAAUAUUGGCAGCCAGCUAGCUUCUUCUUGCAUGGUAUACAUUGCAAGGAGGAAAACUAGAUUCAUUUGGUGGUUUGUUGUAACAACUCUUCCAGAAGGGCUUCAACUACACUUAAUCAUCUUUAUUGGAGUUGAAACAGUUUGACUCUGAAUCAACUCUUAGCAUCCAUGAAUAUAUAGUAUUAUCUUUAUCUUAA